AGAUUCUGCGAAGUUUGUAGAUCCUCGAGUUCUCUGGGGAUUGCUCGAAAGCCUCGGGACUGGGGACAUGUGGACGCCCUUGCGGGCUGCGGCGCUGCCGGUGGCGGAGAGGAGCCCAUGGUGGCAUGUGCGGGGCCUGCUGCUCCCGGGGAGAUGGAUUUGGAAACAAAGAACUAUGAGAUAUUCAUCAACUGGAAGAAACAACAUCACCAAGAUCCUUAUUGCAAAUAGAGGAGAAAUUGCCUGCAGAGUGAUACAAACAGCAAGAAAAAUGGGCGUGCAGUCAGUGGCUGUCUACAGUGAGGCUGACCAGAACUCUGCACAUGUGGAAAUGGCAGAUGAAGCAUACUUCAUUGGCCCAGCUGCCUCACAGCAGAGUUACCUUUCCAUGGAAAAAAUCAUUCAAAUGGCCAAGAUCUCAGCAUCACAGGCUAUUCAUCCAGGGUAUGGCUUCCUCUCAGAAAACACUGAGUUUGCAGAAUUGUGUAAACAAGAGGGAAUCAUUUUCAUUGGGCCCCCUUCUUCCGCUAUCAGAGAUAUGGGAAUUAAGAGCACAUCCAAGGCAAUCAUGUCUGCUGCUGGGGUUCCUGUUAUUGAAGGUUACCACGGAGAAGAUCAAUCAGACCAGUGCCUAAAGGAACACGCUAGGAAAAUCGGUUAUCCAGUCAUGAUCAAAGCAGUUCGUGGCGGAGGUGGAAAAGGCAUGAGGAUAGCUAGGUCAGAAGAAGAAUUUCAAGAGCAAUUAGAAUCAGCAAGGAGAGAAGCCAAGAAGUCUUUCAAUGACGAUGCUAUGCUGAUAGAGAAAUUUGUGGACACUCCAAGGCAUGUAGAAGUUCAGGUGUUUGGUGACCAGCAUGGCAAUGCUGUGUAUUUGUUUGAAAGAGACUGCAGUGUACAGAGAAGGCACCAGAAAAUCAUCGAGGAGGCCCCAGGGCCUGGAAUUGAUCCUGAAGUAAGAAGGAAGCUUGGGGAAGCUGCUGUGAGAGCCGCUAAAGCUGUCAAUUAUGUGGGUGCAGGAACUGUGGAGUUUAUCAUGGACCCAAAUCACAAUUUCUAUUUCAUGGAGAUGAACACAAGGUUGCAGGUGGAGCAUCCUGUCACCGAGAUGAUCACUGGGACUGACUUGGUGGAGUGGCAACUUCGGAUUGCUGCAGGAGAGAAGAUCCCUUUGAGCCAGGAAGAAAUAAAACUGAAUGGCCAUGCCUUUGAAGCACGAAUAUAUGCAGAAGAUCCUCAAAAUAAUUUUAUGCCUGGGGCAGGACCACUUGUGCACUUGUCUACACCACCCACAGGACCUAGUCUUCGGAUUGAAACUGGAGUAAGGCAAGGCGAUGAAGUGUCCGUGCACUAUGACCCCAUGAUUGCCAAGCUUGUCGUCUGGGCUGCUGACCGCCAAGCAGCCCUGAAGAAGCUUCAGUACAGCCUUCACCAGUACAACAUCGUAGGCUUGAACACCAACAUCGACUUCUUACUGACUCUUUCCAGCCACCCCGAGUUUGUGGCUGGCCACGUGCACACCGACUUCAUCCCACAACACCACCAGGACUUGUUCCCCCCUCCGAGUGCCGCCGCCAAGGAGGUUCUGUGUCAAGCGGCUCUGGGGCUCCUCCUCCACGAGAAAACUGUGACGGACGCUUUCAAGGUCCAGACAAAGGAUCAGUUCUCACCUUUUGCAUCCAGUAGUGGCAGAAGAUUAAACUUCUCUUACACUAGAGACAUGACUCUUAAAGAUGGGCAAAACAAUGUGCCCAUAGCUGUACAGUACAACCAGGAUGGCUCCUACAGCAUGCAGAUUGAAGAUAAAAUUUUUGAAGUGUUUGGUGACCUUUGUAAGGAAGGAGACUGCACAUACCUGAAAUGUUCUGUUAAUGGAAUUGUUAGUAAACCUAAGCUGAUUAUCUUGGACAACACCAUUUACUUGUUUUCAAUGGAAGGCAGUGCUCAGAUUGGCAUCCCAGUGCCCAAAUAUUUGUCUGCAGCAAGUUCAGAAGGAACACAGGCGAGUACCCUGGCACCAAUGACUGGGACAAUUGAGAAGAUCUUUGUGAAAGCCGGAGACACCGUGAAGACUGGAGACACCCUGAUGGUGAUGAUAGCUAUGAAAAUGGAGCACGCCAUCAAGUCCCCGAAGGACGGCACCAUCAAGAAAGUUCUCUUCCAAGAAGGUUCUCAGGCCAACAGACACGCUUCACUAAUUGAGUUUGUGGAAGAAGAAGAAACCCCACCCCAGUGAGCCGGCCAGAGAGCCAUCGCCCGUGAUCGCUUACUCGUCUGUGCAGAAGCCAAAGUGCCUUCGUCCUCCACGUGCCAUGCUCAGCUCUUUGUUUCCGUUGAACAUUCUAAGCUGUCUUAAAUUAUUUUACAUUAAAUAAACUAGAUUUGUGUAAGUA